AUGUUCAAUAACCCAUACCCAAAUCCUAUGUUCAAUAAUCAAUAUUUUGAAUUGGUUCGAGACAAUUAGUAAUUCUAACCUUAAAAAGAAUCUACUCAUUCUCUUUAUGUAGAUGGUAUUUACUUUUAAAUUAAAUAGGAAUACCAAAUGAUGCAUAAGAACGGGAAGUAGCACGUAUAAAUACUUUAUAUUAAUUAGAUAUUUUUCGUCCUUAUCCAGGUUUCCAAAGAGUACGAUUGAUCAAAAAAUAAACUUAAAAAGGAAGAGAGUAUUUGCUAUGUUUUGUAGAUUUUGAUGAUGCCUUACAAGCAACUAUUGUUAUGCAAACUCUUCAAGUGAACUAUAAACUUUUAAAAUAUCUUAGGGAUAUCGUUUUGAUAAAAAUGACAAGACUGGACUUAAGAUUUAUUUUGCCAAUAACCCAAAAUAAGAGAAAUAAAACAAAAAAUGACAUACUAAAGUAUAUAAAGA